GCUUAAAGUAAAACCUAUGCUCCAAAUUAAGCUCUAGCCUUUUUUUAUUAUCACCAAACAACAAGCUUGCAUAUCUACAUUACAGUUGGUUCUACAGUUAUGAAAGAUCUAACACAGCCCUUCCCACUGGCAGAUAUUAGCCACACAUAAAUGGUUUAUUUCAGUAGGGGGGAAUAUUAAAUGCUGAUGAAUCUGGUUUUCACUUUAUUUUUAUUGACAAUGCUAAUUCUGCAUAUCUGAAUAUGUAAUUCUUGUAAUGGAGUCUGUAAGAAAACCAGAAUAUGCUUCCAAAAAUAAAUUUCAGCCUUCUGCGAGACGGAGCUGCACAAGGAAUGUGUUGAAUGCAUUGGAAAGGGAGGUGAGAAUGUUCGAAAAGGGUUUCCAGCUUUCGCUCUGAGUAAGGAGAAAUUUCAUUGGGAAUAAAAAUAUAAGCAGGAAAACCAAAAUUUAUAGGACAAUAAUCAAAUAAGGGAUCAAUUCAGAAAUUAAAUUGUAGAUAUUGAAAGCAUCACACAAGAAAACCCAACCUGACCCAUUUCUUAUUCUAUAAUCCCUGCUGAAAUCAGUGCUGUUUAUGUAGGUGUUGUACAGACAGGGAUUGUGUUUUAACACCUGCGAGUCUGAAUGUGAGCAGCACAUUUAACAUGACUAUUGUGAGCAAACUGUAUUGUAGAUCAAUGCUUAGCAGGCUUUCCCAGGAAUACCAGUAGUUAUAUGUUAAAUGAAAGAGAGUGAAUUUGGGAUUUCCCCUAUUCUAACGUCAGUUCUAUGAUCUCAGCUGUAUGAAGAAAAAAAAAACUACACACACACAAUGGUGUUUACUGCACGGGAGGUUUCUAUGGUUAAAAUGUCUCCGCUGUAGUUGUGAUGCUGUUCCUGUUGGCACUUGUUUCACACCGGGUGAAUAAUGCAGUAGAUGGAAUAUUAGAUUUUCUAAGAUUCUUUUAUAAUGGAUCAUAUGUCAGCUUGCUUUCUUCUGUCAGUAAAGGUAUCCAAUUGAUUCAAGCCUUGAUAAUCGGGAAGGUCAUUUGUCAUGCAGAAUACACUUGAAUACACAUUUCAUUUGUCUCCUGUGACCUGGUGGGCAGGAGGCACAAGCCUGUUUCAUGCAAAUAGGGUGGAGAUCAACCUCAUCCCCAAACAACAGAAUGGGUGUUGGGCUUGCAAUAUGACACUGGCUUAGUAUUACACCAUGGAAACUUGAGAGCGUCUCUGAUUUAACUGUGGUCUAUGGGAAUUUGUAUUUUAAUCUUUUUAAUGCCAGAAAGAACCCCAAAAGGACUUUUGCUUUCACCACAGAGAAAGCUGCCCAUUGCAUUAGCUCCAUAACCUGAGCUUAAAUUAAAUAUUGAGUCAGUGCAGCACUGCUAGCACAUGUGUCCCUUUUACUGUCUGUUUCAAAAUAUUAUACAAAGUAAUUAUAUAUUGGGUGUUAGAUAAAACCAACAUUUGCCAUAAAUUGUGCUUACUGAUUAUUUACAAGUACAAUUAGUAAGCUCUGUUACGUGAUAUUCUGUCUGUAUGCAUUUACAUUGUCCUUUCUUAUUGGGCUCAGCUGCCAAUGCAUCACCGUUAGAAAUCUUAAUGAAACACUAUAUAGCAUUCCAUCCACAAUGCUAUAACUGUCUGUUUCAUCACUGUAGCUUUCCCUGUUAUGUGGGAUGUGCUCUGAAUGCUGCCUCCUGCUUUGUUGCAGUGCAGAAUAGUGAGGCAUCAUAAAACAGGCUGGCAAUGGGGGAGGCUGUGUCUACUGCAUCUGGAAAUUGGGUCUCUGCAGAUGUUUCAUGAUGUACCAGCCUUACCUAGCUCCUGUUUUUUCUCUUUCUUGCCAGGCAACGUCACACCUCCUGAGGACACCAAAGCAGUCUUUUUUUUUUUUUUGCUGAGCUUAGCAUCUACCAUCUAGCAUAUUAUAUGCUUUAAACAGCAGCAUAUCUGUUUUCAAGACAAACAAUUUAUAGGAUGAAAUAUACCCUGUUUUUGUGUCUUGCAUUUCCUGGAGCACUGGAUCAGCUUUGUCUUGUUACUAAGAAACCUCGAGGUUUGCUUCCGAAGGUGAGAAGCUGUUCACUUCUCAUCACUUCUAGAAACCAUUUACGAUCUUGACUGCACACAUUUCCAGAGAGCUGGAGUGCAAUCCACUGCCAACAGUCAGCCAAAAAUACCAAGCAAAGCUUUAUCUGGCCCCUAGCUAUGACCGUUGCAACUGGAGAUCUGACAGAUGAAGCAUCGGCUUUGCCAGGUCACCCACAGGACAGUUAUGACCCCGAACCAGACCAUGAGUGUUGCGAAAGAGUGGUUAUUAAUAUUUCAGGACUGCGGUUUGAAACUCAGCUGAAAACUUUGUCUCAGUUCCCUGAAACUUUACUAGGGGACCCUAAAAAAAGGAUGAGAUACUUUGAUCCUUUGAGGAAUGAAUAUUUUUUUGACCGAAACAGGCCAAGUUUCGAUGCUAUCUUAUAUUUUUACCAGUCUGGUGGCAGAUUAAGGAGACCUGUGAAUGUGCCCUUGGAUAUAUUUUCAGAAGAAAUCCGGUUCUAUGAACUUGGUGAAGAAGCCAUGGAAAUCUUCCGGGAAGAUGAAGGAUUUAUUAAAGAAGAAGAACGCCCUUUACCAGAGAAUGAAUAUCAAAAACAAGUGUGGCUAUUGUUUGAGUAUCCUGAGAGCUCAGGACCAGCCAGGAUUAUAGCUAUCAUAUCAGUUAUGGUUAUAUUAAUCUCAAUUGUCAGCUUUUGCCUUGAAACUUUGCCAGUUUUCAGAGAUGAAAAUGAAGACAUGCACGGAAGUGGAGUAAAUUACUACUCAUAUCCCAAUAGCACAGUGCGAUAUCAAAAGUCAAAUGUUUUUACGGAUCCUUUCUUUAUUGUGGAGACUCUGUGCAUCAUCUGGUUCUCAUUUGAGUUUCUGGUUCGUUUCUUUGCCUGCCCAAGUAAAGCUGGCUUUUUUACCGACAUCAUGAACAUCAUUGACAUAGUUGCAAUCAUCCCUUACUUUAUUACACUUGGCACAGAGUUGGCAGAAAAACCUGAAGAUGGGCAACAGGGCCAACAAGCAAUGUCUUUAGCGAUUCUUAGAGUUAUUCGACUGGUUAGAGUAUUUAGGAUCUUUAAGCUCUCUAGACAUUCAAAGGGUCUACAAAUCUUGGGGCAGACUCUCAAAGCCAGCAUGAGGGAAUUGGGACUCCUAAUUUUUUUUCUCUUUAUUGGCGUUAUUCUGUUUUCUAGUGCAGUGUUUUUUGCUGAAGCUGACGAGAGAGAUUCUCAGUUUCCCAGCAUCCCAGAUGCCUUCUGGUGGGCUGUAGUUUCCAUGACAACAGUAGGCUAUGGAGACAUGGUCCCUACAACAAUAGGUGGCAAAAUAGUAGGAUCCCUGUGUGCAAUUGCAGGCGUAUUAACCAUUGCCUUACCUGUCCCUGUCAUAGUGUCCAACUUCAAUUACUUCUAUCAUAGAGAGACAGAAGGGGAGGAGCAAGCACAAUAUCUGCAAGUAACCAGCUGUCCAAAGAUCCCUUCAUCCCCUGACCUUCAAAAGAGCAGAAGUGCCUCCACUCUAAGUAAAUCGGACUACAUGGAAAUUCAAGAAGGGGUAAACCAUAGCAAUGAAGAUUUUAGAGAGAAGAACUUAAAAACUGCAAAUUGCACAUUAGGAAACACAAAUUAUGUUAAUAUAACCAAAAUGCUAACUGAUGUUUAAAUUACUUUUUCACCGCAAAUCUGUCUGGGACAGUUUCAGAGUUUGUGUAACGCAAUAAUAUGCUAGGUCUUAUUUCUAGGUGUGCUAAUUCUGCAUGGGAAGCAAUAUCUGUGUAAGUGAUGUCUUACUGCAUUUCUAACUUGACUAUAACUCACAGAAUAUCUAUUGGCAGCAUUACUGCGGUUACAUUGUUUCCCAAAGACAAGCACGUUAGAUGUAAUUUGAGGUCACUGUCAAAAACUCAUGCAGGUUACAACUAAAAUGUGUAAGCUUGAGACUUCACGAGAAAAACAAACAAAAAUUUUUUUGCACUUUAGAAACCUAUGUAAAAAAACCCAGGAAAUUACAUUUCAUGCUUUAAUGUUUAUUCCCUUGGAUACCAAUACUUUAGGUCUUAAAUGAAUGGUAAUGCAAUGGCGAAAUGCCCAGGAGAUACAUAUUUAUAUAUUUCCCCAAGGGGUUUAAUUGCUAUUUAAAAAAAAAGGCCUUCUGAGUUUUCUUGAAUAACAUAUAUUUUUAUGGUAUUUGUAUAUUAAAAUGCUGAUAUUAUUUUUAAAGCAAGAAGGAUUUCUAAGACAGAAAGCUGCUUCACUGCCAUUGCAGUGUGUCUGUGCAGAAAUGUGACACAAUAGCAAUCCUGAAAUCAUAUGGGCUUUGGCAUGCAUACUCAGUAUAUUCAAUACCAUGUAUCUAAAUGCUUUAAGCUGUUUGGUCUGUAGCUAGGCCUGCCACAAUAUCAACAACCAGUCUUAAAUAUAUAAGAGUUUUGAUACAAGAAUGCAUGAAAAAUGAUAGUGGCACAAAAGUCUAAGUAGCCUACAGCAAUGAUUAUAACAUUAAAACCAGGACUAAAUUAAGUGAAAGUGGAAGAAAAAUUAGGAUAUAGGGUUGCACAAAUACGCCGGACCUAUGUAAAAUAAGUGCAUGCAUGCUAUCUGUUCUGACAGCGAUUGUCUAGCAGGUGGAGAAUAUGGGUGUAAUGCCCUGUAAUCAUAAGGCGUCAUGAUCCCUAUUAGAUGGAAAACUACUUUGACUCAUUCCAUUUAUAUUACUUGGGAGGGUUGUAAAUGAUAGCUUAAAUUCCACAGAUCUCUAACAGGUCUUACAGGUUUAGAGAUGUCCUGUUAGUAAUAUUAUUUCUAAAAAUAUCUACUCUGAUUGACAUUCCAUUUAUUAAGCAUUGUAUAUCAAUUAAGAAUGAUGCAUGAAUAGAUAUAUAUAUAUAUAUAUAUAUAUAUUGCAUGCAGGCAAAUAUAGUUAAUCACACUUCUCUUGCACACACAUAUUUUUUUAGCGAAAAAUGAUCAGCUAUCUGUGUAGCUGCAUCCAUGUUUAUAGUCAGGCCCGGACUGGCAAUCUGUGGGUUCUGGCAAAUGCCAGAGGGGCUGCUAUAAGGUGCCAUAGAAAGUCAGCAUUUAGUGGGCUGGUGGAGGCUGUUUGGGCCUCUGCGUGGGCUGAUUGGGCCUCUGUGUACCUGAAAUGCCAGGGCCUAUUUUCAUUCUCAGUCCGGACCUGUUUAUAGUAUUUAUACUCUUUAAAGGUAUUAUUUAGAAAAUUUCCUUAUAGGAAUCAAUAGGUCAAAUCAGGAAAAAGGGACAUACUGAUUGUACAUUUUAAGAGACUUAAGCUAUUUCUGGGUAUAUUUUGCAGCAAGGAAUGUACAUACGUGCAAAGGCACUUAGUCAUGCUUAAAAGUCUAAGUACUGUAUCACUUGCAUUGUACCUAAUAAUACUAAUAUCCUUGUUAUAUGUUUAUGUACAAUAUCCUUGUCUUAUAUAUGCACAGUACAACUGGAUUAAUGCAAAACACAGAAAAGAGUGUUUUAAAAAUACAUUGACAUAUAUAUAUAUAUAUUCCAGGCAUCGUCAACACAAAUAAUGUUAUUUGCCAUGAUAAAGAUGGCAUUUUAUGCAUUGCACAAUGUAUAUAUCUUUAUGUAUGUAUAUAUAUUUGUGUAUACAUUUAUACAUACUGUAUAUGUAUAAAGGUGUACAUGCAGAAAUAUCUGGGAAAAGUCCACAUAAAGAGAACAGUAUCAUUUGGCAACAGAAUUUUAUUAUUAAAAAAAGAAUAUGAACUGCAGUAAUUGGAUGGAUGCUUUUUGAGGAUUAUAUUCUGCAUUAAUGUCAACCAUAUUCUAUAAUAUUUAUAUAUAAUUUUCUUGGUAUAGCACUAUUUGUGCAUUCAGGCUGACGAGAGCCUAUCCUCCAAACUUGCAGUUUUUGAUUUGAUGAAAUGAGGGAGCAGGACACUGAUCUAAUGCUGCAAAGAAGUUAGUUAAGUGAAUCAUCCAGUUAUAGCACAAUGUAUGUACGGUGUAUGGAGUCAGCGGUAAAUGUGAAUAACUAUGUCAAGGCUCUUUUUGUAAAUGAGUGUCUGGUCUGAUGAUUAGCCAAUCACAGAAGCCACACAACUUCAUUUUUUAAAACUUUUUUGUAGAAAGUAGCACAUAAAACAGAAACCAGUUUAGUUAAGAAAAUUGACCAAGAUACAUAAGUUUUUACAACCUUGGUGGCAAUUUUUGGGUUCCUUCAGUGGACUUUAUGUGCACAGCAGCCUUUCACUCAAAGCAUCACACACUUACUAAAUUAUGAGCAUGGGAAGUGAUGCCAUCCCCACUAUGAACAGUCUAGCUGCAGCUUGCACCAGAUUUGUGCCAAAAAGUUCACCCUUUUUUGGUGCAUCAAUUUGUAUUGGAUGAAACUCCCUAUGUGGCUGCAGUGACGUUGGUAUUGUGCAAAACAGCAUUGCAUUGUGGUGAAAGGAAGUCAACCCCAAAAAAUGUUUUGCCUAAUUAAGAAAAACAUAAUUCUAAGCAACUUUGCAAUUUACAUUCAUUACACAUUUUCUAUGGUUUGUAAUUAUUUGUAUAUGUAUUGCUAUUGGAAGCAGCAUUUGUCUGUCCAUUUCUAUUCUCUGGCCUGAUGUCUCAGUAUGUUGAAACAAUUUAAGACAAGGCAGCUGAUUAACAGGCCUGUUUUUACCGGGGGAACUAAGACUUUUGCAACAUUUGUUUAAAAAGUAUAACUAAUGCUACUUUAAAUAGCAAUUGUUUUUACAAAUAACGUUAAAAGCACUUAAAAUAUGUAAUAAAUGUAUAUUGGAAAGUUGCUUAGAACUAUGUUUUCUUUUAUUAGGUAAAUAUUUAUUUUACAGUUGACUGCACUUUAAAACAUGGCGAUUUUGUACUUUUCACACUGCUGUUUUGGUCAUAAACGACUCCUUUUCUACAUAAAUUACCCCUUUUUCUCCUAAUUGAAGUUAGACAGAGUUUCAUUUGUAUGUGGCCAAACAUUGAGGGCCUAUAGGGUCUCUAUGUUGGUCAAUAAUGUCUUUGGGAUGUUGAGCCACUUGAAGGGAUUCCAAUAAGGGAUGCACCGAAUCCACUUGUUGGGAUCCGGCCGAAACCCCAAAUCCUUUGUGAAAGAUUUGGCCAAAUACCGAACUGAAUCCUAAUUUGCAUAUGUCAAUUAGGGGCAGGAAAGGAAAAAGUUGAAGCAUUUCUUCUUUUGUGACGAAAAGUCACCUGAUUUCCCUACCUGCCCCUAAUUUACAUAUGCAAAUUAGGAAUUGGCUUGGUCAAGUACAAGGAUUCAGCCGCAUCUGAAUCCUGCUGAAAAAAGGCAGAAUCCUGGCCAAAUAAAAUAAAUCCUGGAUUCGGUGCAUCCCUAGUUCCAAAUAAAAACAGUUGGCAUACAUUUACAUAGAGGUUUUUUUAACCAUAAAACCAUACCAUAUUUACUUAUUCAUAAGAGUUUAUUGAUGGUACAUGAAGGUUUCCACAUAUGCCAUAGGAUGAGCCAUGCCUUAGAAUAAUCUAGUUUUGAGAUGUUGUACCAUGUUAGCCAUUGAAAAAAUGCAGAAAAUAUAAAGUUUAGUGAUACAUUUUAUUGGC